UAGUUUUUCGUCCGUCACGAUAAACCGGAGCUCAUAUUAUAAUUACUCUUCCAUAACUGAAAAAUCAAGAAACAUCAAUAAAAAAGGCGAGGAAACCCAUGAAAACAAAAGAAGUAAGAGUUUAUGGGGAAAGCAAAGUUGUCUACACCUCUCAUCUUCCAAUCAAAGCUCUUCUGUAUUUCUCUGCUAUACCUAUUCACUACUCUGUUUUUAGCAUUAUACACCUCUCUCCAUCCUACAAAAUGUCUCUUCAGAUCAUCUCCUUUCGAUCCUCUACAGCUUCCUCUCUUCUCUUACCCUCCUUCCUAUGGAGCACACAAAUAUGCCAUCCCUACACAUCGCUCUUCUUGCUCCUCCCCUGUUUAUUUCAGCGAUUAUUGGAUGGUUUUGAAGGAGAUCCAAGAUUUUUGUUGGAACUCAUCUGUUUCUUCAUAUGGCUUGAAGUACAUGAAUGGAAAAAGUGAGAGUUUUGGUGGGAAUUUUAGUACCCCGAAAAGGGUUUCUUAUUUUCAUCAUUUAAAUGAUAGCGUGGAGAUUCCUUGUGGGUUCCUUAAAAAGUUUCGAAUCAGUAACUCUGAUCAAAUAGCAAUGGAGAGCUGUAAUGGAGUAGUUGUAGUCUCAGCAAUCUUCAAUGAUCAUGAUAAAAUCAGGCAACCAAAAAGCCUUGGAUCCAAUACCUUACAAAGCGUUUGUUUCUUCAUGUUUGUGGAUGAUAUUACGUUAAAAGGACUAGACCAUCACCAAUUAAUAUCAAGGAAGUCACUUCAAUACACUGUAGGUGUGUGGAGAAUUGUUAGGGUGUCAAGCAAGAAUUUGUACGAAAAUCCAGCUAUGAAUGGAGUAAUACCUAAAUACUUAGGUCAUAGACUCUUUCCUAACUCAAAAUUCAGCAUCUGGAUCGACGCAAAGCUUCAACUGAUGGUCGAUCCAUUGCUAUUGAUUCAUGCACUAGUGGUGUCAAAGAAAGUGGACAUGGCAAUAUCGAAACAUCCAUUCUUUAUACAUACAAUGGAAGAAGCAUUGGCUACUGCCAGAUGGAAAAAAUGGUUGGAUGUUGAUGGCUUGAGGAUACAAAUGGAGACUUACUGUGAGAAUGGAUUGUUGCCUUGGACGCCUGAUAAACUCCCCUACCCCUCAGAUGUGCCAGAUACUGCUUUAAUAUUAAGGAAACAUGGACCCAUCAAUAACCUAUUCUCCUGCCUAAUGUUCAAUGAGCUAGAAGCAUUCAACCCCAGAGAUCAAUUGGCUUUUGCAUACGUUAGAGAUCGCAUGACUCCAAAGCUUAAGCUAAACAUGUUUGAAGUUGAGGUAUUUGAGCAGGUAGCUGUGGAAUACAGGCAUAACCUGAAGAAAGAUAAAGCUAGUAGUCAAGUGAGUGAAACAUCGAGAACUAAAAGGAUCAAAAUCGUUAGCCAAGAUUUGUUUGUUAAUAGCAGCUGCUGCAGUAAGUGCCAGAAGUAUCUUUUUGAAAUGUGGGGUGAAUCCCAUAAUUGAUUUUGUCAUUAAUUUAGUGUUAGCACAGAAAAAAGAAUAUAAGGAAAAGAAAGAGACAAAAGAAGAAAGAAAAAGAGAACUAACAAACUACCAUUCACAGGAAAAAGCUGACAAGCAAUAACAGGCUGGCAGGGUAUGUUCCUUUGCCCUUGAUUUUAUUGAUUAGAUCAGGUCUUAGAAGGUCUUUUUUCUUAAAAAGAUCAGGCGAAAUGUAGCCUUCACACCAAAUGAAUGUGAAAGCUAUAUGUGUGAUCAAAUGGAUUUAGCACAGAAUCUUUUAAUGAUUUUUAUUUUUCA